UUGUCAGUCUCCCAGGCAGCAGAUGAGACCGUUCGACGAAGAUGGCGGACUCGCAGUCGUCAGGUCCCGGAGAGGAGAAAGAGAAGGAGAAGGAGGACAGCGAGAGGGAUACAAAGGCGGCCAACACGGAGAAGAACAAGGAGACAGACGGACUCACGGAGACGUUGAGGAGCAACGAUAAAAAUGGCGGCAGUAAGGGCAAGAAACGCAACCUGUCAGACCUGUCUCUGGUCAGAUUUAUAACGACUGAGCUCACCAGAGGCUACUUCCUGGAACACAAUGAGGCCAAAUACACAGAGCGCAGAGAGAGGGUCUACACCUGCCUCCGCAUCCCCAAGGAGCUCGAGAAGUUGAUGACAUUCGGCUUCUUCCUCUGUCUGGAUGCCUUUCUCUACGUGUUCACCCUGCUGCCCCUCAGGGUGAUUCUGGCCCUUUUACGGCUCCUCACGUUGCCUUGCUGUGGCCUCAGUGGCUCCCGCCUGCUCCAGCCAGCCCAGGUGUGUGACGUGCUGAAAGGCUUCAUUAUGGUGCUGUGUUACUCUAUGAUGAGCUACGUGGAUUACGCCAUGAUGUACCACCUGAUCAGGGGACAGUCUGUCAUCAAACUAUACAUCAUAUACAACAUGUUAGAGGUGGCGGACCGCCUGUUCUCAUCAUUUGGCCAAGACAUCCUGGACGCUCUGUACUGGACCGCCACAGAACCAAAGGAGAAGAAGAGAGCACACAUAGGCGUGAUCCCUCACUUCCUCAUGGCUGUGCUCUACGUCUUUCUCCAUGCCAUCCUCAUCAUGGUUCAGGCCACCACUCUCAAUGUAGCCUUCAACUCCCACAACAAGUCCCUGCUCACCAUCAUGAUGUCAAACAACUUUGUGGAGAUCAAAGGAAGCGUGUUCAAGAAGUUUGAAAAGAACAACCUUUUCCAGAUGUCAAACAGUGACAUAAAAGAGAGGUUCACCAACUACAUCCUCCUGCUCAUCGUCUGUCUGAGAAACAUGGAGCAGUUCUCGUGGAACCCUGACCACUUGUGGGUGCUGUUUCCUGACGUAGUCAUGGUGAUAGCCUCAGAGGUCGCCGUGGACGUUGUCAAACACGCCUUCAUCACCAAAUUCAACGACAUCAGUGCUGAUGUAUACGGGGAAUACAGAGCCAGCCUUGCAUUUGACCUUGUCAGUAGUCGACAGAAAAAUGCUUACACAGACUACAGUGACUCAGUAUCCAGAAGAAUGGGCUUCAUCCCUCUGCCUUUAGCUCUGCUGUUGAUCAGAGUAGUGACCAGCUCAGUGAAGAUCCAGGGUUCACUCUCCUUUAUGUGUGUGCUGCUGUUUUACCUGGGGAUGAUCACUCUGAAGGUGCUCAACAGUAUCGUUCUGCUGGGGACGUCUUGUGUGUUCGUCAAAGAGGCCAAGAUGGAAGAAAAGCUCUUCGACCCUCCACCCUCCGUUGUCUCCAGCCGUGCAAACUCCAGAGCUCACCGCACCAAACUCGUUCAUCCUGUACCGCAGCAAGAACCCACAGCCGACAAAGGAGGAAUACCACUGGCAUCAGACAAUCCUCCACCUGCCAAUAUGGCAGAGACCUCUGUCCCCACAAUCCCUAAGAGUGACUCGGACACAUUCCUGACUACGCCAGACGAGGACGAUGACAAAAUCAUCAACGCUAACACGGGACUGGAAGGGGACGGACUCGAACACAGAACACCCAAGAAAGAUUUGCUGGAAAUAGACCGCUUCACCAUCUGUGGCAACCGAAUAGACUGAAUGCCAUAUAAAACCAGUCGGUGUGUCCUGGCAAAACAGCGAGGUUCAGGGAUCAGACACGGGUCAUGGAGCAUGCUCAGACCAGACAUAUUUUUGUGCACCUGACCCAAGGAGUAUUUAUUUAUUUAUUACUGAUAAAACCAGCCAAGGCAUAAAGCUGUUACUACAAGCAUCAGAGGCCGUUUCAGGUGUUUCCAUCUGGUCCAGUCGGUGACCCCGCGAAACCAGGUAGACUCUUGGAGGCUGGGUCUUGGUUGUCACGGCAACCUGCAGACAUGUUUGCCGAUGACCACGAUUGGGGAGGGGGGGUGGCGGGGAAAAACUGGCAUGCGCAGCUGAAGCGGAGCACGAAGAGAGGAACAUAUAUGCAUAUGUGAAAUUGUAGAACGUGGGUCGCUGUGUGAUCAUAGGAACAUGACAGCUGGACUGUGCGAGUAUGUGUUCAAAAGCACAAUCACAUGUACAGCGCUGAGUUGUUUUUAGUGAGAACAAAACUUGUCAAUUUUUGUACAUUUUUUUAAUUUCAAAAAGCCUGGAAAAAAAUUAUAAUAUUUGAAAUGAAAGUUUUUAUUAGGAAUCGCAGAUCUUUUUUCUAAAAUCGUCCGUAGUCAAUAGCCGCACACACACACACACACACACACACACACACACACACACACACACACACACACACACACACACACACACACACAACCCCAACACACAUUUAAAAGGUUCCUGUUUAAAUUGAGUUUAAGAGGCCAGAUAUCCAUAUCCGUUAGACGUGGCAGACACUAAGUGCACAGUCGACACCCUCAUUGCUUGGUCACAGCGGUGACUUUUACCUUUUUUCGAUGCAGAUAAAAGUUUGGAGGUUUUAGUAUCGUGCAAUUUGUGUUGAUAUUGUUACUUUGAAGCACUGAGAUAAGUCGGUGCCUGUUUGCAAAGGCACAAGUAUUUAUUUUGAAGUGGGCUCCAGGCCAGACAAGUUUGGAAGAUGUUUCAUUUUUAGGUGAUUUUCUUUCUUUUUUCGUUAUGCUUCAUGCGUACCGUCAUCAUUCAAAGCAUGUUAGCGUACAGAUAAUCACGUAAUCUGUUCCAGGUCUCAUUUAAAAUUCAACCUAACGUGUUUUUCAAAAUCUUCUUUGACAGCGAUAAAUAACCAAGAUUUACAUGUACAAUGUUAAAGGAUACCUGAAGGCUGAGGCACAGCUGUAAGGGUGAAUCACCUCUAAAUAAUAGUAGUAGAAGGGGACUAGAAGGUGUGUAUCGUGUUGUUGUAUGUUCAGUUCAUUCACUUUACGACGGGUUCACGCAUGCGCUACGAAUUCAGUUAAUUUUGCCAUAGAUACCGGUGUUACAGUUGAUCUCGGAUCUGCUCCAAAAUAUAAUGGGUUUCCUUUAUUGACCAAUGCUACACCCUUCCACCAAGUCUUACGAAUGUCGGGCCAGUCGGUUUUUUUUUACCCACAAUCCUGCUGACAGACAAACAGACGGCACAGAAAACAAUGAGGAUUGUGUCAGCACUGUGAUCACAUGAAAAGCAGGUGAACCCCAGAAAUGUUUCAUUAGCCAGAGAGCAGUGAACCAGGUUUGAUCCCUAAAGGUUUCCUGGCAUAGUUUGGUGUGUUUGGCUGCUGGCUUUGAUUGUUGCAAGAAGCUCUUUCCAAAUGCUUGUGUGUCUUUUCGAUGCUGUGCAGUUUCGACAAACUUAAGUGGAUCGUAUAACUACGGUCUGAAGUGCCAGGAGUCGUAUGUCCUGGGCAAAAGCUGGGUCCAACCUAGCCCCAAAGUUUUGCCUCUCAUGCCAAUAUUUCAUUACAUUCAAGCCAGAGUGCUAGACAUUCAUAUUUUUAACAGAGAAAAUACCUGGUGAUCUUUGAAAAACCCGGAAGGUCUUUUGACAAUUUGCCGCUCUAAAGAUGUUUCCAGACUCAUCAGAGCCUCUUCUAACAAUCUGAGUGACAUAUAUUCAGUUUACUGCGCAAUAAUAAAGAUUUUUAUUAGUUUCAAAAGCUGCAACUCUUAUUUUCUUAAUCCGAACAAAGUUGCUAGCCAUAAAAUGACAAACAUCCUUAAUUAAUUUGUAUUUCAUUAAACAAAAAUCAGGUUUUAUUAAUAGAUAUACAACAUUUGUCCUGCUGUUUAUUACAAGUUUUUAUAUACAAGUUUUUAUAUUUUUCUUAUGUCAUACAAACCAAGGAGAUAAUGAAUUUCCUGCUACCCAGAAAGGAUUAGUUGCAUCUUGGAAAGUAGCUCAAAUAGUCUUAGUGGCUUCGGAUCAAAAACACUUCCCGCGCACACACAGUCCGUCAGACUCUUACUUUUUAUUAACAACAUUUCGAUCCUCACAUUUCAGUUAACAGACCUUCUGGGUAAAUCAAAUAUCACCAGGUGUGUGUGUGUGUGUGUGUGUGUGUGUGUGUGUGUGUGUGUGUGUGUGUGUGUGUGUGUGUGUGUGUGUGUGUGUGUGUGUGUGUGUGUGUGUGUGUGUGUGUGUGUGUGUGUGUGUGUGUGUGUGUGUGUGUGUGUGUGUGUGUGUGUGUGUGUGUGUGUGUGUGUGUGUUUAGAGCUCAGCCGUAAUGCUAAUAAUACAUGAGAGGCACAAACAUGCUAAGUCCAAGUUAACCAGAGGAGGACGGUCGGUACAGUAAAAUAAAUACCUGCAGUCUUUUAAAGGAAGGAUUAAGAGUGUGGAUGCAUCUUGUGUGUGUGUGUGUGUGAGAGAGAGAGAGAGUGAAAGAGAGAGCGAGAGAGAUAAUUUGCAGUGCAUGAAUGGAUUUCACUACCAAAAGACAUACUAUAUGUAUGAAUUGGAUAUUUCGUUGUUUUUAUUUCUCAUGUACAAACCAUCUAUGUAAUACAACUCCUACAUGGUAGAAGGAGAAUAAAACAAGAUUUUUGUUUUUUAAA